AUGGGGGGUCCUUUGGGGGCGAUCAUAGGGAGGUAUCCGACGGCGGGGAGCGACCCGGAGGGCCAGAUGGACGGCGGGAUCAUACGCCACAACCGCAAGUGCCGAGAUUUGGUGUUCCUCGUCGUCUUCAUCGCCUUCUGGGUCGCCAUGAUCGUCAACUCCAGCUUCGGAUUCAACCAAGGCAACCCAUUGAGGCUUACAUAUGGAUUGGACUACAAAGGAAAUAUGUGUGGCGACAGGCAUGGUAACCCGGAUUUGCGUGAACUUGAAGUUAGAUACUGGAUGAACCCGAACCAGGUCUACCAAAGCGGUCUAAAGAGUAGCCAAUUUAAUCUUGCCGAUGCUAGAACCAUCUGCUUGAUGGAAUGCCCUGUCCCAGCUGAAGAUGGUGUGAAUUUUGUGUGUGACUAUCCGGAGGGUGAUAUUCGACUAUCGGUUGACGACUGGAUCGACAGGGACUACGAUUAUUUUGAGUUCCUCACACCAGAGAUGAGGAAUAGCUCUCUUCAGUUACAGGGUCCGUGCUAUCCUGUCAUAUUUCCGAGCGUAAAUGUGUUUUGGAGCUGUCAAUUUAUUGCACGUGCAUCAAAUGUUUCUUUGAGGCAUUGGCAGCAGAUGGGCGGCAUCAACAUCAAUGAAAACAUAUUAAUAGAUAAAACUAUUCACAAGGCCAUUAAUUCCCGAUCUGCCGUCUUGAAGAGAUAUGUUGCUGAUAUUGGAAAAUCCUGGCCCGUGUUGAUUGUAUGUGGAGGAAUGUUGCCUCUUUUCCUGUCUAUAAUCUGGUUAUUGAUGAUUCGUCAUUUUGUUGCUGGCAUGACAUGGAUAACUGUGUUUCUAUUCAAUGCCCUCAUAAUAUCUGUUACUAUGUUCUACUACACAAAAGCUGGCUGGAUCGGUGACGAUGCCUUAUCAGUUGUCAUUGGUGAAAGUGAUCCAUAUGUGAACAUUAGUGGCCGAGAAGUGAAUCACCUUCGUGCUGCAGCGGUUCUGAUGACAAUUGUCAUGAUUAUUGCUGUUCUCUCUUCAAUAGCCAUUAUUCGCCGUAUUCUUAUAGCAACAUCUGUUCUGAAGGUUGCUGCAAAGGUUAUCGGGGAAGUUCAGGCUCUAAUUGUUUUCCCGGUUCUACCCUACGCCAUCCUUGCUAUCUUCUACAUGUUCUGGUUUUCUGCUGCACUCCAUCUUUUCAGCUCUGGUCAAAUACUCAAAAAUGAUUGCAACGGUAAUUGCUGUUCGUAUGAUCUGAAGUCCAACAAGGUAAAUUGCGACAGUUGCUGUGGCUAUAGCAUUCAUUACACCCCUCAUAUUGGCAUUUCCAUCCUUUUCCACCUAUUUGGGUGUUAUUGGGCGACACAAUUCUUCAUUGCUUGCUCUUCUACGGUAAUUGCUGGAUCAGUUGCUUCUUACUACUGGACCCGUGGUGAGAUAUCGGAGGAGAUUCCAUUUCUCCCUGUAUUCUCUUCCGUAAAGCGUCUCCUGCGAUACAGUCUUGGGUCCGUUGCUCUUGGGUCACUGGUGGUGUCAAUUGUGGAGUGGGUGCGGUUUAUACUCGAGUCUCUUCGCCGCAGGUUGAAGCACGUUGAUACUGUUUCUGAAAGCUGCAUGGGGAGAACAAUGUCCUCUUCUUCUCAGUGUUGCCUAGGGUGCAUAGAUUGGACCAUCAAAUCCGUGAAUCGGAAUGCUUAUAUUAUGAUAGCAAUCACUGGGAAAGGUUUCUGCAAAGCUUCUGCAAUUGCAACGGGAUUGAUAAUGAAUAAUAUUUUGCGGAUCGGAAAGGUGAAUGUCAUCGGGGAUGUUAUUCUCUUUCUUGGGAAGCUGUGCGUCAGCCUCUUCUGUGCGCUCUUCGCGUUUCUUAUGUUGGACACUCACAAAUACAAAUCUGCGCACAACAAGAUCUCUUCUCCUCUCUUUCCUGUUCUGGUAUCGUGGGCUCUCGGUUACAUAGUUGCAACCCUAUUCUUCGCGGUUGUGGAGAUGUCGAUCGACACCAUCAUCCUCUCUUUCUGCCAAGAUGCGGAAGAACAUCAAGGAAAUGCCCAAUACGCACCUCCGCUUCUCAUGGAAACACUGGAUAGCCAAGGCGAAAUGCAGAGACUAACCCAAGGAUCGUGAGACGACUCGUUUUUCUGAUGCUCAUCACAAUCCAAAUCUAUUCGCCCUCCUGUGCUUGGCCUCAAUUUUUUUUUUUUUUUUUUUUUUUGUCCCUUAGUUUUUGCUUUUUUUCAGCAGUAUUAUCAGUUUUUUUGUGAUGGGAUUUAGUAUGUUAAUGCAUUUUCUUCCAUAUGCUGUGUAUUAGAUAAGGAAAAGCUAAUGAUGCACUGGUUUUCUCACACUGCUAGUGUGUGCUCUUCAGCAAUAUAAGUUAUUCCAACAUGAACACAUGAAA